AUGAGUUACCAGAGCUUGGGGGAUAACAACCAAGGCGGCUACGGCCAGUACAACCCAUACGGAAGCCAGCAGCAGAGCAAUUCGUAUGCCAACCAGCAGCAAAGCUACGGCUACGGUGGUGGCUACGGAGGUGAUGCGGAGCAGGGAAACGGCGGCUAUGAGAUGGGCAACAUCAACCAGGGUUCUUCCGGAGGCCCCACCGCGAUCCUGAACAAGUGCAAGGAGAUCAAUGAAGGUAUUACCGAGUUGACCCGCAAGCGUGAGGGCCAGUUGGUCUCUGCCCAGAAGGCCCUUUUGGACUCAAGCACCGGAAAGGAGGACCAGUCUUCGCGUCAGACCCUCGACUACAUCGAAGAUGAGAUCAACACUGCCCUGCGCUACCUGCGCGAUCAGUUCAAGCGCGUCAAGGAAACCCCGGGAUCCGGUGACUCGCGCGUUCAGGGUCAGGUCGAGAACGUCAGCCGCAACCUCCGCCGUGAGAUCGAGUCGUACCAGCGCACACAGAGCGACUUCCAAAAGCGCCUCGAGGAGCAAGUGCGCCGCCGUUACGAGAUCGCCAACCCCGAGGCUACCCCCGAGGAAUUGGAGCAGGGCGUGCAGAACGUGCUGAUGGGCCAAGAGCAGAGCUUCGUGGUCCCCGGUACCCGCUCUCGCCAGGCCAACGAUGCCCGCCAGGCAACCCUCCAGCGUUCCGCCGCCAUUCGCAAGAUCGAGCAAGAUCUGAUUGAGCUGAGCCACCUGUACAACGAGGUCGCCGAGCUGGUGCAACAGCAGGAGCCCGCGGUUCAGCAAAUCAACCAGGGAGCCGAAGAGACACACCGCAACGUCGAGCAGGCCAACACCAAAUUGGACAGCGCCAUUCAGAGCGCAAAGAACGCCCGACGCUGGAAGUGGUACGCGCUUAUCAUCGUUAUCAUUAUCAUCGCCAUUGUCGUCGGUGUGGCCGUCGGUGUCACCGAAGCCAACAAGGCCGCGAACAAGAACUGA